CAACAACAACAACAACAAAAACACACAAUGCAGAUUCACAAACUCUGUUUUCUUGUUCUGUUCUUGGCUAACGCAGCUUUUGCAGUCAAGUUCAACUUCAACACCUUUAAUGGUGACAACUUGUUUUUCCUAGGAGGUGCAGAGCUUGGUCCUGCUGCUAAAGGAGGCAUAGAACGAUCCGGAGCACUAUCGAUGACCCGAGAUGAAACCCCGUUUUCUUACGGUAAAGGUCUUUACAUGAAUCAAAUCCCAUUCAAAGCUUCAAACACUUCUUCUCCUUUUUCCUUUGAGACUUCUUUCACUUUCUCCAUCACUCCUCGCACCAAACGUGUCUCCGGUCAAGGCCUCGCCUUCGUUAUCGUCCCGGAAGUCGAUAACUCGGGCUCUUCGGGUGGCGGGUUUCUCGGGAUCCUCAACAAAACCAACAACGGGAAGGCGGAAAACCAUAUCUUCGCUGUCGAGUUCGAUACAUUUCAAAACAAUGAGUUUGGAGACAUUAAUGGUAACCAUGUCGGAAUCAACAUUAACUCGAUGACUUCUCUUGUCGCUGAGAAAGCUGGUUAUUGGGUUCAGACAUUGGUCGGGAAAAGAAAAGUUUGGUCGUUUAAAGAUGUGAAUCUUAACAGUGGAGAGAGGUUCAAGGCUUGGGUUGAGUUCAGAAACAAAGACUCUAGGAUCACUGUUACGCUCGCUCCUGAAAACGUUAAGAAACCUAAGAAGCCUUUGCUUCAAGGUCCGAGAGUGCUUAAUGAUGUCCUUCUUCAAAACAUGUUCGCAGGCUUUACUGGUUCCAUGGGACGUGCAGCUGAGCGUCAUGAUAUUUGGAGCUGGUCGUUUGAAAACGCUAACUAAACCGGUUUGUUUUUGGUUUGGUUUGGUUCGGUUUGGCUAUGUAUGAUUUGUGUUUAUUUGGUAAUUGUUGCACUACGUACGUACUCACUAGAGUGAAUAAUUAUGAAUAAUGUUUGAAUAAAAUAAGCCAAAUCUUUGACUUCUCUGUAUUGCUUUGUUUGUUGUAUUAUUGAGACAUUUCUAAUAAAGGAAACUUUCUUUUUAAGUUCA